CAGAGCAACAACAGACUAAUGCAGCGGCUCACAUUUGGUUUUCAGCGAAUGUUGUGCAUUAUGAAAUGUAGCUAAACACCUUAGGAGAGUUAUGCUAUUGAAAUGGUUCUUCUUGUGUAAAAACAUGCGCUUCAACUGCCUGCUUCCAAAAUGAAGAUGCGGCUCUAGAGAAAGCUACAAAUAUACUGUGUAUUUCUUGCAGCUAGCUAUGACUUAUUUCAUGUCCUCGCCACUGGUCUACAAGGGCAGGUUAUAUCUGUAUCAUACUAUUACAUCAAGUACAGCUAGAUUCAUCAAACUCACACAUCAACAGCAAAGAACAGUAUUCCUCGCUCCAAGGCAAAGGGAUGUCCACGGUCUACGUCCAAGCCAAGACAGGACAGUCUGGUGGCCUGGGUUUCGAGGACUGUUCUGUAGAGGAGGAGUGGAGGACUCCAAGCAGCAGACGCUAGAGGACCUCACUAAGAACAUCAGAGGCGGACAGUACAAGAGGAUCAUAGUGAUGGCAGGGGCUGGGAUCAGCACACCUAGUGGGAUCCCAGACUUCAGGUCCCCUGGCAGUGGUCUCUAUGACAACCUCCAGCAGUAUAAUCUUCCUUACGCAGAAGCCAUCUUCGAGAUCAACUACUUCCAUCACAACCCCAACCCUUUCUUUGCCCUGGCCAAAGAGCUGUACCCAGGCAACUACCAACCCAACCUCACACACUUUUUCAUACGUCUCCUUCAUGACAAGGGCCAGCUCCUCAGAAUGUACACGCAGAAUAUCGACGGCCUGGAGAGACUGGCAGGAAUCCCCCUGAGAAACUGGUGGAGGCACACGGCUCGUUUGCUACUGCUACCUGUACUGUGUGUCUCAGUCUACAAGGGGGAGGAGCUACGUCCUGAUAUUAUGAAGGGGACAGUCCCUAAAUGUCCCACUUGUAAGGGUGUGGUGAAGCCUGACAUUGUCUUCUUUGGGGAGGAACUACCUCCUCACUACUUCAGCUACCUGAAGGACUUCCCCCUGGCAGACCUCCUCAUUAUCAUGGGUACCUCUCUGGAGGUGGAGCCCUUUGCCAGUCUGGCCGGAGCUGUGAGGGACUCUGUCCCUCGUCUACUUAUCAACAGAGACCUGGUGGGGCCCUUCGCUUGGGGGACCCCGCGACACAAUGAUGUGGCCCAGCUAGGGGAUGUGGUCGGUGGUGUGCAGAUGCUGGCUGAUGUCCUGGGCUGGAACCACCAGCUGGAGGCUCUCAUGGCUGCCAAUGCUAAGAAUGCUACAGAGGAGGAGGAAUGAGACGGGUCAGUGUCUUUACGAUACUAUUCAGAAUGCCUCACCACUGCAGUCCACCUCAGUCCACCUGCCUCACCACUGCAGUCCACCUCAGUCCACCUGCCUCACCCCUGCAGUCCACCUCAGUCCACCUGCAUCACCACACUGCAGUCCACCUCAGUCCACCUGCAUCACCACACUGCAGUCCACCUGCCUCACCACUGCAGUCCACCUCAUUCCACCUGCUUCACCACUGCAGUCCACCUCAGUCCACCUGCCUCACCACUGCAGUCCACCUCAGUCCACCUGCCUCACCGCUGCAGUCCACCUCAGUCCACCUGCCUCACCACUGCAGUCCACCUCAGUCCACCUGCCUCACCACUGCAGUCCACCUCAGUCUACCUGCCUCACCACUGCAGUCCACCUCAGUCGACCUGCCUCAUGGCUCAGGACUACAGCAGACUGUCUACUCAGCAGAGAAUCUAUCAUUGAAUGAACUCUCUUCAACAGACUGAUCCACACAACGGCCAAUCAGCAUAACACAGAGGCAACAAUGGAG